AUGGCAGCUGAACAGGCUGGAGCAGAGUACGAAGCUCAACAUGUGCACGAUGUGUAUGAGCAAAUUGCGUCGCACUUCUCGGCGACACGCUACAAGCCGUGGCCAGUAAUUGAGAAGUUCCUAAAAGAACUUAGUCCUGGCUCCGUAGGUCUGGACAUUGGCUGUGGAAAUGGAAAAUACUUGACCGUCAAUCCCUCCGUUUUCAUCGUGGGCAGCGAUCGCUCGCCCUCGCUCACCAAGAUAGCCUCGUCGCACCAACCUCACGCAGCUGUCGUCUCGGAUAUUCUUUCUUUACCUCACCAGAACCAUUCGUUCGAUUUUGCCAUCAGCAUCGCCGUUCUUCACCACUUAUCGACGCCCGAACGUCGCGUAGAAGCUGUGCGGACUAUCCUCGACACGCUCAACAAACAUGGCAAAGCAUUGCUCUAUGUGUGGGCCUUGGAACAGAAGGAGAGCCGAAGAGGCUGGGAUGAGGGAAAUGAACAAGACACCAUGGUGCCUUGGGUCAUGCGCGAGAAGAAAGAGAAACAGAAGAAGGACCGCAAACAGCAAAACAAAGGAGACAGCGUCCAGCCCGACGCCUCCACUCAAGAGGGACAGACCACCGGUACGAGUCUCGAGCCUGCUGGUGACAAGACUUUCUACCGCUACUACCACCUGUACCGAAAAGGAGAGCUAGAACACAACAUCGAGCUCGCUGGUGGCACAAUUGUUGAAGCUGGCUAUGACAGAGACAAUUGGUGGGCCAUUUGCCAGAGGAAACAGACUUGA